AUGAAUACCCCAAAACUUAAACAAACCAUUGAAUUGUUAUCGGAAGAACUUUUAAUUCCGGCCAUGUUCCCUCGGUCCACCAUUUUAUCGACACGUAAGUCCAGUGACCGGUUAAAACUUGCUUUUAAAAUCUAUCGUCCAUCUACAUCUUUCCCUUUAGAAGAGGGUUCCCAAAGGGCUUCUAUAUUUUUUGUAAAUGGUAAUGGGUUCCCUAAAGAAUGUUAUGAACCUAUGUUUAAGUAUCUUGUAGGAGAGCUUAAAAAUAAACACAAAAUCCAGAUCCAAUAUAUUUUGGCAAUGGAGCCGGUUAACCAAGGAGCAUCAGCAAUUGCAAAUGAGUAUACAUUGGGGAAUGAUAUCAUGUGGACGGACGGAUGGCGGGACGUUGUGGUUGCACAUUAUUAUCUUGGAGUGACAGGGCAUCCGAGUGUACAGAUGCCGUUGAUUGGGGUUGGACAUUCGUUUGGAGGGAAUACCAUUCUUGGGGCAUCUACAAUUAAUACACAAAUGUUUGAAGUUGCAGUUGGAAUUGAUGCAGUGAUUGGUAAGCCGUCUAUAGUUGAGGCUGGGUCUCCAUUUAUUCCAUCGUUAAAGCGGAGAGACCGAUGGUCAAGUAGGGAAGAGGCAUGGAAAUCAUUAAGAAGGAACCGAUUUUAUGCACCAUGGUGUGAGGAGUCAUUUAAUAAUUAUAUUCAGUAUGGACUUCGAGAUCUUCCUACGGUGACGUAUCCGAUAGAUUCAGCAGAGUUAAAGAAUUCAGGAGGGGUGACAUUGACAUGUCCCGUGACACAAGAGAUUGCUACAUUUUUGAAUGUACCUGAAGAAGAUGACGAUGAAAGGGAAUUAAAACGAAUGUGUCCUCGAGAUUGUUUGGAUGCAAUACGGGAAAAUUCUCGAGUCCCUACACGAUUAUUUCUUGCAGAUAUUGGACGUCAGAUGUUUCCAUUAUAUGAGAGUGAUUUAAAGUUUGGACGAUAUGGGGUAGUUUCGUAUGAAGAUUUAGGAGAAAAGGCUACACAUAGUGUACCAUUUGAAGAGCCAGAGUUGGUGGCUAAGGCAGUGGCUAGGUUUAUAGGAGAAAAGCUUAAAGGAAGAAUUGAAAGGGCAGUUGUAGGAGAUGGGAAGGAGAGGUAUAAAGGUGUUCAUCCUGUGCAUCGACGUCGGCAUGCGGAGUUUGUAGCAAGCCGGUUGUCUAAGGUUUGA